AUGGCUUCAUCAAAGAAAACGGCAAGAAUCAUUUCCCGCAUUGCUUCUCGCGUAUAUUUCCUCCUAAUUAUCUUUCAAAUUCCUCUUUUCAGAAUUGGUACCUGUACAUCACCAAUAGAGGUGACUUCUUCUCAGUUGAUUGCAAGUAAAGUCCUUCCUGCAGUUGUAGUGAAAUCCCUUCUCUACCCAGGAGCCAUUGCAAAUGCUAUUGUAAAGGAAAAGGCCAUCCCUGGCUAUGAUAACCUGCUAAAUGCAUAUAAAUUCCACCAUGCCAAGGAAGGUCCUGCCACAACUGAUCUUCAGCACCUGGAGAUUCUUGCAGGAAGCUACUUGUGUGUGGCAGGAGCAUUCUUAGGCAUCAUAAAACCAAGCAGAGUGGGCUUGUUUGGGAUAUGUCUCCUCAUGUGGGGACUCACCAAGGAACUCUCUCUCCUGAAACAUGCAGCCAGCGAUCCGACCAAAGCUAUUUAUUUCUAUCCAACAUUCUCAAUUGCUGUUGUUUUGGCCUUCCUUUCUGUUAGAGGAGAUGUCAGAAAGAUAAUCCGCGGUUGCAAACCUAAGCGCAUUGCUCAUCCAUUCUGGAUCUAUGCAAAAGCGAAAAAUAAAUGA